AUACUUGCAGCAGCUGUCAAGGUCGCGGACAACCAGUUGAAACAGCUGGAUGCACGCAUUGCUGCCUUGGAGGCAAGGCCUCCCCAAGCAGCGCCAGGCUGCACGCCAGAUAUGACAAACACAACGAAGCAGCUCAAUGGGCGCAUCGAUCAUGUCGUCAAUCUCAUCGGCAACAUAGGUGUUUUCAAUGGGCCGAACACAAUCAGUAGCACGGUGGCCGCCAUCAAGACGGACAUCACCAAGCUGCAGACGAAACCGGACGCCACUACGAAGAACUACAAGAUGCCGCCCUUCGACAUCAGCAAGUUCGACGACCACAACAAGACGGACGCUUUGGCAUGGUGGCAACGUUUCCUCACGGAAGCAUCAUGCCGCACUGUCCCGGACGACUAUCUGAUGAAGGCGUUAUACUUACAACUGAUUGGAGGAGCGCAUGCAUGGAUGAACCAUCUGGCGGCUACCCACACAUGUACCAUCGCCGAACUUCACACGCACAUCACGUGGAAGGAGUUCGAGCAGCUAUGGUUCACCCGUUUCAUGGUCCGCAACGUCGUGAAGGCGGCCAUGAACGAGGUGUACACCUGCUCUCAAGGAAGUAUGCCAACUCGAGACUGGACAACCAAGUGGCAGAAGAUAGUGACCACACCAGGCUUCGAUUUGACUUUUCCUAAUCAACGAUCCGAGUUCUUCUCGCGAUCGUGCGCAGGAUUGCGGUCGGCACUCGGUAACGAGUACGACUAUACCUCGUUCCAGGCUAUCCUGGAUCGCGCAAACCUUGUCAUCCAAACGGACAACAAGGCCGCUAACGAGAAACAAUCCCAACCACAUUAUGUGGCUAAGCAUGGCUAUCAACGUCCGACACAUAACAAUGCCGUAAUUUAUGAAGAAACAGACGAUCUCCACGCUGUAGCAGCAUCCUCGAGUGAUGGAGGAAUUGUAGCAGCGCUCCCGCCGAAGCGUCCUAAGAGGGUCCGGAAACCCAAGGCGACACAAGAGACGGCAUCGACGGGAACUGGGCAGCGGCCAUGGACGGCCUACAACAUCACCAAGGAAGUCUAUGAACUUCGUCAAAAAUUUACGCUCCUAUUUGCACGCUACAGUACCAGCUCCGUUGACGGACGACGGGUAGCGAUUGUUGAUCUUUGCUCCUAUCUUGCGAAGAUUGACCGCGAGUAUGCCACCCAAAGGUACGCCGAAACCGACACGCCUUUGCUCUAUAUCCGCAUUCAAAUCGGAAAGGCAACCUGUAGUGUCUUGAUUGAUUGCGGAGCGUCUCGCAACUUUAUGAGCCAAACCUUUAUGGCCCGCGCAGGUCUUGGCCCGCAAAGGAAGACGCAACCCACGCAAGUUACACUCGCGGACGGCCGCACGCAAAAGUCAAUUGACCGAUGCGUCGACGGCGUUCCAGUAUACUUCGCGCCACUUGCGUGCGAGCCGGUGUCUUUUGACAUCCUCGACACCAAGUUCGACAUGAUUCUAGGCAUGUCUUGGUUGCGUAGCGCCGAUCAUCCGGUGAACUUCCAUGACCGAACCGUUCACAUCCGUGAUCGGAACGGAGUGUUAGUCCCAUGUACGGUCGCGACCCCUCACACUUCGAUUGCUUGUCACGUGGUUUCCGUUGCGAGAAUUUGCGACGCCAUUGCUCGGAAUGACGUCGAGGAGAUGGGCCUUGUAUUCUUGCAUGCUCUCCCCUCGCCGGACGGACCAGCCGCGUCACCGCCGGACCCACGCAUUUCUCACCUCUUGGACGAGUAUAGAGACGUCUUCGAGGCGCCCACCAGAACGGUUCCGGAUCGGCCCAUACGUCACGAGAUCACUCUCGAGGCUGGCGCCGUCCCUCCGCUUGGAUGUAUCUACCGCAUGAGCGAAGAGGAACUCGAGGUGCUUCGCGGACAACUCGAUGACCUUCUCGACAAGGGCUGGAUUCGCCUUAGUUGCCACCAGAUUGAAAUCCAGCCUCAAGACCGGUACAAGACCGCGUUCAAGACGCGGUACGGGCAUUUUGAGUGGGUUGUCAUGCCUUUUGGCCUCACCAAUGCCCCCGCGACUUUCCAAGCAGCAAUGACGACUGAGUUUCACGACUUGCUCGAUCGCAGCGUCCUCAUCUACCUUGAUGACAUCUUGGUUUACAGUAGGACGUUGGACGAGCACAUCGUACACCUUCGCGUUGUUCUGGAUCGUUUGCGACUAGCCAAGUACAAAGCGAAUCUCGACAAGUGCGAAUUCGCCAAGCAAGAGCUUGAGUACUUGGGUCAUUUUGUCACGCCGAAAGGCAUYCGUCCCUUAGMGGACAAGAUCCAAGYCAUCGUGGAUUGGCCGGAACCCCGUUCGGAUGGCCAGACGGAGCGAGCGCACCAGACCGCUCAGAUGAUGUUGCAUACGCUCAUCCGUCCCGACCAGAAAGAUUGGGUUGACCGGCUUCCUGACAUCGAGUUUGCCUAYAACACUUCGGUGCACCCGGCGAUCUGCGUCACACCAUUCGAGUUACAUCAUGGUGGAGAGAAAGCACGGAUCUUUGCUGAUCUUCUUUUGCCACAGGCUGCCGACAUAGACGUCCCUUGCUCUCCUUCUUCCGUUCGGAAGUACUGGGACUUGCUGAUCAAAGCCCGCGCAAAUAUGCAAAAGGCUCAGAUCCGCAUGCAGCAGCAGGCUAACCGACGUCGACUUCCACGUCCUUUCCGCGAGGGAGACCUUGUUUGGGUCCGCUCCGAGGAAUUUGCGCUCGAGCAGAACGUUUCGCGCAAACUCCUUCCGAAAUGGUUCGGACCAUGGGAAGUCACUUCUGUCGUUGGAGAUGACCCCGCAAGUCCUUCCUUCGUGAUCAACAUCCCACCACACCCUCCAGUGCAUCGGGUCUUCCACGCGUCGAAGCUGGCCAUCUACACGCCACCUUCAGCUGACGAGUUUCCCGGACGUCGAUCACAGGAUCCGCCUUCUAUGGACGGACAUUAGGAAGUUGACCGAGUCAUCAAGCACCGCAAGUAUGGCAACAAGCCAAUGCAGUUCAAGGUCACAUUCAAGCAAUGUGC